AUGGCUCCUUCAGCUCUCACCGAUAUUUAUCCAAUCCCAGCAAGGCACUACUCCAAGUCGUCGACUGUGGUAGCUUCCGUCUUGCAUGGGCCAAGGGAUUUGCGGCUCGAAACUCGUACAAUCUCGGACCCUGCCGCCAAUGAACUUCAGAUCGCUAUCAAGGCUACUGGACUGUGCGGGAGCGAUUGCUCGUACUACAACAAGUUUUGCAACGGUGACCUACGAGCCUGCGAGCCUUUGUCACUAGGCCACGAGUCUGCUGGGGUCGUCGUUGCUAUCGGCCAGAACGUUACUGGCUACCAGAUUGGCGACCGGGUUGCACUCGAGGUCGGCGUCCCAUGCGACAACUGCAGAUCAUGCCAACGGGGCCGCUACAACCUGUGCCCCAAGAUGAGGUUCCGAAGUAGCGCUAAGUCUGUGCCUCACUUCCAGGGGACCCUUCAGGAGCGUAUCAAUCACCCCGCAAAGUGGUGCCACAAACUCCCGGCGCACAUCUCCAUGGAAUCGGCUGCGCUUCUAGAGCCUCUCUCUGUUGCGAUCCAUGCAACAAGAAGGGCUGAGAUCGAGCAGGGAGAUACCGUCAUUGUCUUUGGUGCAGGCACCGUUGGUCUUUUGACUGCUGCCAUGGCCAAAGUCUCUGGAGCCACAACCGUUGUAAUCGCCGAUAUCGACCAUGGGCGGAUAAAUUAUGCUCUGGCAAAUGGCUUUGCCAACAAGGGCUACAUUGUGGCGCCGCAGCAUCACACGAAGGAGACUGCCGAGAAAUUCGCAGCUGCAAAGGAGUUGGCCACAGACGUUAUGCAGAUUGCUUCGCUGAACGAAAUCGACUUCGAGGGUGCGGAUGUCACCUUUGACUGCACUGGCAAAGAGAUUUGUAUGCAAGCUGGUCUUUACGUAAGCAUUUCCAUGACUGUAAGCAAACCCGGUACUGAUUUGCUGCAGACAACAAGACCAGGUGGUAAACUCAUCAUGGUUGGAAUGGGUACUCCGAUCCAGACACUUCCCAUGUCAGCAUCCCACUUGAAGGAAGUCGACAUCAUCGGCAUCUUCCGUUAUGCCAACACAUACCCCGUUGGUAUCAAGCUCAUCUCUGCUGGCGUACUUCCCAGCCUCGAUGCCAUGAUCACCCACAGGUACCACGGAUUGGCAUCGACAAAAGAAGCGUUCGAGCUUGCCGGAAAGACCAUGGACGCAGACGGCAACCUUGUCCUCAAGGUCCUAGUUGAGAUGUGA